CUUUUUAGUUGCUCUUGUUUUUUAUUUUUUUUAAUUAGUUUUGAAUGAUUUGCCUUCCUCUUCUGCUUCUUUUGAGAAUGUCACUGUCCCCAGCAGUCAAAAAUAGCUGUAUUUUUUUUUUACAAUUAUUGUUUAUAUUGUUUAUAUUUGAAGAUCUGCUCGUUGAGGUAUUAAUGCAGAACUAAAAUGUAAUUGUACCAACAACAUAUAGUGAGUCAUUUGUGGAGUCAUAAUAAGGAAAUAGAGCUUUAAGGAUUUUUGGUGCAUCAGUGCCAUAAUCCUAAACAUAGCAGUUCAUCACAGAUUGUGUUCCCAGAGGUACUAGAUAAUUAAUUCAGAUAGGAAAUGCCAAAAAAAUGCCUCAUAUUCCCAGGGCAUCAAGAGAUCCCCUUUGCCUAUUGGAUAAUGAGUUCUUCCCUCCGCCCUCCCAGCCUUAGCUUGUAUUCAUUUUCCCGUGAUGCUGGAAGAGAAGAAUAGUCUGUUAGGCACAGGGUGACAGCAAGAGGAAAUAUGCAACAGAGCUUCUUAAAUGGGAUCACUGAAUAGCUCUGAUUAGUGCAAGGAUGGGUGCUCCGAAAUGGUUCUGUUAAAAACACGCAUAUAUCAGUUGUUCUGCUGGAAAGGAGAAGCCUCUUAUAUGCACUGAGGAUACACUGAGGAAGAGAGAAACCAGACUGGAUGUUUACAGCAAAAAGGCAAUGCAGAAUGGAGUGAGGAGUUUGCACUGAAAAACACGGCAAGGGGCUCUUAUGAGUACAUAUAAGAGAAUUCCAAGAUGAACAGCUCUGAGAAGCAAGGUGUCAUGAUGAUGCCACAGAGAAGCACCAGGAAUGAAAUGAUGGAGAACGUGCAUCAUAGCUGGAUGUGGUAGGAAGAUAAUAGCAACAGCCUUGGCUAGCCAAAAUCUGGAAAGAGGACACUGCUGUCAAGCAUGGCUCACUUAGCUGUAUGGCUCCAGAGUCUGUGAUGUCAAAGCCUUGAAGUGGAAUCAUGGGAGGGAAGCUUGUGAAAUGCCUGGCAUCACCAAGUCCAGUACACAGUGCAAAAUCCGAGGUAAUUGAAACUGUGUGUGAUGAGAAGGAACUUGCUGUCAUUCAGUCAGAGGAAAGCAUUACUAGGAGAGAAGAUACCCCUUCUGUGUGCCACACUGAUCUUCAGUGUACAAGCCCUGCAAUUUACCCAGAGUCAUCAUGGGAGGACUGUCUCCUCGAGCAACAGGACCAUUUAGAAAGAGAGAUGGAAGAAGCCAAGAAAAUGAUAUCUGGUUUACAGGCCCUGCUAUUAAAUGGAUCCCUCCCUGAGGACGAACAACGGAAUCUGUUCACUCUGCGAGAAGACGGGGCGUGCCCAGAAGAACAACUGGUCAUCAUCAAAAGUCGUCUGGAUCAAAGUAUGAGUGAAAAUCAGUCACUAAAGAGUGAACUUUUGAACUAUAAACAGGAAAACAGAAAUCUGCAGGGAAUAAAGGAUGCUCUGCAGCAGAGAUUGGCUACCCAAGAAAGCUCUGUGCUUCAACUGAAACAGGAGUUACUGCGGGCUAAUAUGGACAGGGAUGAGCUGCAAAGACAGAAUGUGGACUUACAGAGAAAAAUGGAAGAGAGGAGCCAGUUUAUUGCAGACUAUAAGAAAGAUUUAACAAAGAAGGAAUGGCUUAUACAACAACUGCAAGGAAAGCUUGAUGAAUCUCAACGGAAGCUUUCUGAAGCCAACUAUCACAAGACUGACCUUCAGAAAGAGUUGGAUCACCGGAAGGCUCUUCCUCAGCAGUACAUGAAUGAAGAAGAUGAUCAGGUCAGUGACUACAUGAGCCACCCUGCUCAGACCAAUGGCUUUAUUCAGUCAGCAGGCAAAGGACCAUCACUGGAACCUGCCCAGCAGAGAAGUGCUAAAGACUUGCAGUUGGUGCGGGAUGCACUGCGCAGCCUGCGAAACAGUUUUAGCGGCCAUGACCCUCAGCAUCACACAAUAGAUAGUCUGGAACAAGGUAUCUCAAGUCUGAUGGAUAGACUUCAUGCCAUAGAGACUCAGAGGAGGCAGGACAGGAAGUCUCGGGGAAAGAUGCAAGGAAGUAAAGAAAUCAAUGAAUACAGGGAUUCAUGGCCUCCCAAUACUACAAUGCCACAUUCACAGAGCACCCCAGUCAUGGGCAGCAGCAACUCAUCCACCAAAGUGCUGUACUUUACUGACCACUCUCUGACACCCUUCAUGGUCACUUUACCAAAGAGGUUAGGAGAGGUGACACUGAGGGACUUCAGAGCAGCUAUUGGUCGAGAGGGAAGUCACAGAUACCACUUCAAGGCUUUGGAUCCUGAAUUUGGAACAGUGAAAGAAGAGGUGUUUCAUGAUGAAGAUAUUAUUCCAGGCUGGGAAGGUAAAAUAGUAGCCUGGGUGGAAGAAGAUCACGGAAGCAUUUGAAUGAUAUUGAUCAUUGGUACAAUGAGAAACUCCAUGAUACGGGUCUGGAUAUUUUAUCAUGCUGCCAAAAGAGGAUUCUGCAGGCACCAAAAGGAAAGCUCAUACAUAGUUCCAGCUGCAGGAAAGUGGAUCCUUACUAGUUGCUGGUGAUGCCGUUAAUGCAUCAAACGAGACAAUAUACAUUUGGGAUCGCCGCAAUUACAUUAUUUCUUAGGAUUUAUGUGGUCCCUGCCUUGUGGUUGCCAGCAGCCUUAUAAUGUAUGAAAUACAGUAUGUGAUGAAGAGUAUUCAGUAUUUUUCUACAGGUGCACUAAAUCUAGUCUUGCAGUUAUAGCAGGGCAAUAUGUAACAGGUCCCUUCAGGUUAGACAAUCCUUAGAUUGGGUCAAAUGCAGUAAACUAUUUGCCAUCUACGUAGUCUGCAUAUCAUUGGUUGGAACAUGGAAACAUAAAUUCUACAGCAUAGGCCACUCAGAUGGCCAGAUUGUUAUUUCUGUAGAAUUUAAUCUAUGGUACAAAAAUGGUUAAAGCAUGGAUAUUCAUCCUGGGCCUGUACAUCUCACAAGAUACGGUGUAGGAGGCUUAUAGUUCAGUGCUAACCAUACACAUAUUAAAAAGAUGUUUUUCGGAUUUUUGCCUUUAAACCACUAAAUCUUUGGAUUAUUGCACGGAACCCAUCGCAGAUGAAGAUAUCUUUAGGACUUCUCCCAUUGACUUAUAUGCAACCAUGGCAGGUCUGAGAUGCCAGAUUUUACAGUACAAAAAACACAAUUUUUCAGGUUUUUAGCAUUCAGACUUUAAUAAAUAGCCCUUGUAAUGUUUACAUUUUACAUGUGUGCUUUUGAAGAUUCGCCAUCAUUUCUAGAAAGCAUUAUAUUUGUAUUUCAAAUACUUGAGGCAGUUCAUAAAUAUGUAUUAUCUAAGGCUGUGGACAGCAAUCUUUUAUCUCAGCAGAGCUGAUAGGAAACACAAUUCAAUAUAAACCAGGGCUUCAGCUAUAGGUUCAUUGCACAUGGUACUGUAUGUUUAUUCCCCGCAUUAGAUUAAAGAUUGAUUCUCAAGCAUUUUGUCACACACGACAGAAGCGAAUUUACACAGGCAACAAAAUGAAUGACACACAUCAGUUUGUGUUGCUCAUGUGUUUAGCAGCUAAUACAGAGAAUUGCUUCCCAUUCAUUGUAAUGACAGUUGCCUUGACCUUGCAGGGGCACUUGGUGCAGCAGUGGUUGUUUCCUCAGGUCCGAUUGGCAGAAAAGAAAUUCUUUUAUCUCAUGCCAGAUGUAUUCAAGUCAAACUUAUAAUUUACAUUUUUGGCGUUACUAAUGGCAUAUGUACCACUGCCCCUAUUAAAGUAUGGGGAAUGCUAUGGUCACAGGCCUGCUCAAAAUAUGGCUCUAUGAUCCCCACAAACAGAUAGCAUUUUUAGUGACAAGCUGAAAAGAAAGGCUAAUUAUUUUUAAAAAGUUUACAAAAUAAGUUAAUCUAUAACAUAUUAAAUGUUAAGGCAAAAGCAAACAUUGCCAUUGUACUCCAAAUUGUUCACCUAUGAGCAAGAUGGCCUCUGCUUUUAAGUCAAGGCAUACAAAGUAGAGCAUCCAAAAUUGCAGUGUUUAGGAAUCUGGGCAAACAGUAUUUCUUGUGUUUUACGCCCCUAGUGAUUACCUUUGCUACUAGUGGAGUAUGAUUAUAAAUGAUAUCAAGGAGGGCCCAGUGUGCACUGUAAAAUCACUAGGAACAAGUAUAAGUGUAUGGGUCCAUAAGAUAUUUUGCACUUAUAAAGACAUAACUCUGAAAUAUAAUCAGGGUUUGGGUGCUGGUGAAUUCAGAUCUUAUAUACUGUAUCUAUUCAAAAAAUAACCAGUCCAAGUCUUUACGCUUCUGCAUCUAUAUAAUAAGCAGGGGAGGGAAGUUGUAGGAAGAGAGUAUAGUGAGCUGGGUAGACACAAGUGUUGGUGCACUAAGUGCAAAAUAUCUUAUGGACCCAUACACUUAUACUUAUAGUAGAUACAGUACAUAAGAUCUGAAUUCACCAGCACCCAAACCCUGAUUAUAUUUCAGAGGUAUGUCUUUAUAGGGCUCAAUAUUUAAUAUGCAACAAUACAUAUUGAAAUUGGACGAUUUUUAAUUCUAUGGUUUCAGGGCCUUCUAAAUUUCAGUCUCUUCGGAUAUUGGCAGUAAUAACCUAAAACUCACCCUGUUUGAUCUUUCUGCUUUUAUGCAAACUACCUCUCUUAACUGCUGCUUAUAACCAUAAAAAUAAUCUGCCCUAAAUCGUCACUUCACUCCUUCUACAUAAUAUAUCAGUGUCCCAGCCUAUAACCAGUAGCUCAAUGCUUUGAUCUGUUUUUAUCAUAACUAACAUAACCUUUAGCUGCUACAACACACUCUUACUCUUGGUUUCCUUAUAGAGACUCAUAAAAACAUUGACAUUGUUUCUUUUAAUGGUCCUUGCAGUCACUUAUUCCAUAACAUUCUCACAUUUCUACCAAAAGAGCUUACAUUCAUUCCCAUCCCAUGUGCUGACAACAGAAAAGAAUGCCUUUCUUAUGUACAUGUCUUAUAAAAUUAACUAUCAUAAUCAUCAAUAUACCUUGUAAGGUCCAUUAAGCCUUAUGUAGAGCAAUGUUAAGGGAUGUAUUAUUAUAGGCUAAAGUGAUAGUUUGCCUUAACCUUAAAUAUAUGUAUGUCUUUAGUUUCAGAGAUGAGACAACAGGAAAAAAAUCUGCAAUGUUCCACUGAAAAUAAUUCGGUGGCACUUUAUUUUUACAUUAUCUUUAUAGUAAAUAACCUUUCUUCUAUGCCUUUUAGAAUAAAAACGACAAUUUAGAAUAAAGACUAAAAGGGAUCAUUUAAGCUCUUGUUUAAAGGAUCUAUUGUGUCCAUUUACAUAGUCUAAAGAUUGCCAUACAUGUAGGAUCCAAUCGGCUGCUUAAUGGAUCCCUUUGGCAGCUUAAAUCUGCUCUUGUAUGGCCACCUUGAGGCUAAGGGCAAAUGUGGUGAAUCAUCUGCUGUCAGAGAAACUGCAGUGCCUCAUCCUCCUGCCAUUUACUUUACUUGCAUCAAUCUGUCACUGGGCAUGCUGAGUGGAUUUUGUCCCAAAUACUCUAUUUCACAUUUUAUGGGUCAAAUAUGCCAUGUGUAUCAGUGACAGACAAAUACAAGUCAGUGGAGGAUCAUGUUUGUUUGUGUACUCAAAUUCCUAUAUCUAUUACCCCGUUUUUCUGCAUUCACGUAGCUUCACAGCUGUCGGCACGUAUGGGUGAAAUGUUUCAUACCUAAUUGUUGUGCCCAGAGUCACUAAUACUGUAUACAUACAGGAAUGAACAACUGGAGCAGUAUUUUGGUGCAUUCCAUUAGGGAACACCAUUUUAUAUCAGCUUUCUAUGGGUAAUGAAGAGAUCCUUUAUUAUGGUAAUCAGUGUUAAAGCUACUUUUUCACAAACCUGAGGAGACUAUAGUUUUAAAAGAUACAGUGCACCAAUCUCUAAUCUUUCAAACAAACAUGUGCUUCUGUCUGAUAUUUCAUCAACCAGCAUAACCAGUUUCAAAUCCAUGAAUUCGUGGAUAGUGCUUUAUGUUCAGAUUUGAAAUGUAUGCCAUUAAAACUGCCUUGUGUUCAUAGAAAAACACAUAUGAAAUGAAAUACAUUGUUAUCAGGUAUGGCUAUACAGAUGAAGGUCUGUGGGUUAGACGCAGCCCCCCCAAGUCAAUUUAAUGGUCCCCUAUGCCCUCUAAAACAGCGUCAUCCUACUUUAAUUUGAGUGGUGAACGUUAUAUUUAUAGGAUUAUUGGCCCACAGCAUGGAAAAGUUAGGCAUGAAUGUUUAAAAGGACUACAAAAUAGAAGGCAAUCAAGAAUUGUGUUAUAUGGAGAUUUUAUACAUAGAAUUUGUCUACACUUAUUAUUAUUAUUCUGAAAUAUUUGUUAAAGGUGAAUCUGUAAACACACACACACAUAUAUAUCAAGAACAGACAAUAUAUAUCAAGAACAGGCACUGAACACUGGGUAAAAAAUCCAUCCCAUUUUCUGUACGUAAGUUGUAUACACAAUUACAAUUCAAUGAUUUGUAUACCUCUGGCUGGAAACAGAAUCAUUUUUUUUUAUUUUUUGUUCUAUUUGUACAACAAUGUAAUUAUUUAAACAGAAUUUUUUUUUUUUUUUUUUUUUUAGAUUUGUGCCUAUUUUUACACUGGUAACGCAUCUUUGUAUUGUCAAAUUAAUCUCCCACCAAAAUAUCACAAUAUUGUUUUGGUGUUUCGUACGCUAAGUUUAAAAGAGGCUUCAAGUUCGUAUUGAAAAAAGUUUGUUUAUUUUAUUAUUUAAAGAAAAUAAUUGGUUUUAUGCCGACAAUUGUACAUACAGAAUAUAUGUUUUGUGGCCUAUCCUAUGUACAUAAACAGUGAUGUUUUUA